AAAAAGCAAUAUCGAGCAGGUGAGCAUUGAUAAUAGUAAUUUGUCUAUAUCGAUAGAGUUCUCUACAUCACCUAAUGAAAUCUUUUCUUUAGAAAUAGUAGCAGGUAUGAUUUGUUCUGAAGAAGCACUAGAGCUCUCUGGCUCAUUAUUUUUUUCGCCACCACUUUUUAUUUAUGAAUCAGUUCUCUUGGGACCAUCUGGCUGA